UUGCUCUCUGUCUCUUGCACCCCGACAGCAACACCGACACUCAGUGCCACCUCGCCAUCGCGGUUGGAGCAUCAAUUGCGCCCCCAAACCUACACCGACGACCACACGAACACGCGCACCCACGCGCGAAAGAGGAGUGAAGAUGCCCAAAUUCUUCUGCGACUACUGCGAUGUCUACCUCACGCACGACUCGAUGAGCGUCCGAAAGGCGCACAACAGCGGCCGAAACCACCUCCGCAACGUCGUCGACUACUACCAACAAAUCGGUCACGAGAAGGCACAGGCUGUCAUCGACGGCAUCACGAGUUCGUACGCGGCUGAGGGACAGAGCAUGCCUCUGCAGCCACAACUGUCCGCGGGUCAAGGAGGAGGACCACCAGGCUUCUCUGGACCACCUCCUCCCGGCAUGCCAGGCUUUGGCGCGCUUCCUCCAGGAAUGCCUCCCCUCCCACCAGGCUUCCCACCACCAAUGGCCCCAGGAGGACGCGGCAUGCCGCCCCUCCCACCAGGCUUCCCGAUGCCGCCGAACGGCUUUCCGCCAGGCUUCAAUCCGCCGGCUGGUAUGCCCCCAUUCGCGGGCUCGCCUCCAGCCAACAUGCCCUUCUCACCUCCGCAGGGCGGAUUUCCUCAGAUGCCACCUCAGUUCCCACCACAGGCUGGACAAGCUCCGGGUGGUGGGAUGGCUAUGAGCCCACCGCCUGGAGUCCGAGGACCUCAAGCAAGUGGCUCGCCGGCUGGCAUGCAGCACGAGGGCCGAUAGAGUCGGUAAUCGACCACGCGUGUGAAGCUGAGAACGCCCGCGGAGCUCUUUAUGGCGGACAUACUCAACCUCAAGAGCGCAUCAGAUUGGCAUUGGCGCAUAAAGGAUCUAUGCCGUGGACUUCUCUAUACACACCCAUAAAAGAGGGCACCUGUUGAGAGCUGGGCAGAUGAUGCAAGCCUAAUGGCGCGCCGGUCAUCUCCCUGACUUGCGGAGACAGCCACACAUCACCCAGUCAGACGCCAGAGCUGCUACCCACCCUGGCAGUUUGGACUUCGGCAGAGCAUACCUCAGCAAAAAAGGACUACGAGUACUUCGCCAGUCGAGAUUUAUGUACGAGUAGCAAGAAAGAAAGAGAAGAGUGCGAUUUGCCAAUACCCAGCAUCCCGUGGAAGCCGAAGUUGAUAUAUGUUGUGAACACAAAUCGAGAAACGAAGCUGCAGCGGCGAGUGCGUGGUAGUUGUGACCAAGGUAGAAAGU